CCCGGAAGCUACUCCGGGGAGCUUGAUCGACCGCAGAGAAUCGGUCACUUGGUCAUGGUGCAGUGGUGAGUGUGAGGGGUAGAGAGCUACUUGCGCGGGCAUAUGGAGCUUCGGUGGGCAUAUGGCCACGAAUGAAUAAUGUACCUCUAUUCGUAGCUCAAGUUACCUUGAUCAACAGAGUCAGACCCUAAGCUUGGGAUCGCACUUUUAUGAAAAAAAAAGUAUUCCUUGGUAUCCCGAGAGCAAAAUUUUUGGGGAGAUAAAUAAGGCGCCAAUUGCCUGAUGCUCUAAAAGCUAUCGUCUCUCUGCACUAGUUUUUGAAACAAAGCACAAAACAAUGGCAGCUGGUCUCGAGUCAAUACAAGGAGGCAAGGCCUGGUUCUACUGCAGUCCCCCCAUGGUGCUCGGGGAGGCUCCCAUAUACCGUGAUAGCGACUCUACUCUGCACUGGGUAGACUGCCUCGCCGAGCCCCCAAACCUGCAGAUCCUCAAGGUAGACCCCGUGACCGGCGAUGCCGUCCCCGGCACCCACCGCAUCAUCCCUCUACAAGACAGCGUCACCGUUCACUUCUUCCGCAGAAGCAAACCCGGCAGCUACAUCUGCGCGUACUACCAGGGCGUCGCGUUCAUGGACGAGGCCACCGGCAGGCUCCAAGUGGUCAAGGAGAUAAUACCGACACAGGAGCGACACAUAAGGCGCUUCAACGACGGCGGCGUUGAUGCCAGGGGUAGGUUCUGGCUGGCCGAGAUCGACGUCGUGGCCAUGAAGAUGGGGCCGAACAAAGUUCCAGAGGACUACGGGGCGCCGCUAGGGAGACUGUGGCGCUACGACCCCGACGGUUCGCUGCACAAGAUGGACGAGGGUUUCGUCUGCGGCAAUGGUCUGGCGUGGAGCCCGGAUAGCAAACACAUGUAUGUCAACGACUCUACCGCGAUGAUUAUGUACCGGUACGACUUCGACGUCGAGACUGGUUCUCUUGCAAACAAGCACAUUUUUAUCGACCGAAGAGACAGCUAUGGCGAGCCGGACGGGAUGGUCGUCGAUACCGAAGGCAACCUCUGGAUCGCCGUCUGGGCUUCCAGUAGAGUCAUGGUCUUCUCGCCCGAGGGAAGACACAUGAAGGAUAUUGUCUUUUCUGCGCGGAACAUGGCUUGUACGACUUGGGGCGGCAAAGACCUCAACAUCUUGUUCAUCGUUUCGGCCUCGGAUCGCCAGAAGCUGGGGAGGAAGGACGACGAGGGAGGUCACAUGUUCAAGUACAUCGCACCGCCAGAGACAAAGGGGACGGCCAAGUAUGAGUUUCUUGGGUAGACUUUUUGUUUUGCUCAUUGAAGGGGGAGCUGCGGUUUUGCCUCUCCACACCAUUGCUCCGGCAUGCCAACUGUUCUUUCACGUGUCACUUCAGAAAAGGCCGUGGACCCUCUGACGGAUAGUAAAAGCCUGGACUGUGGGCCGAGGGAGUCGAGCGUCUCCUUGGCCUCCUGCAAGAGCUCCCACCUGCAGUUGUCAAGUGCGGCGCUGACUGAUGCAACAAGACCCGAGGUCUGAUUGGUCCCCCGCAGCUGUGAAAUAUCGCCAUUCCCCAGGAGGUGAUUGAGCAUAUGCGAAAGAUAAUCCUCGGCACUGCAGACUCCUCCCAGCUGUAUCCCCUCAGUAAGAACUCCAUAGGCCCAAACCACGAGAGUGCUAUGGUAUAAAACCCAGGGCCGUAGCAGGAUGUUGUCCUCGCAGGCCAGAUACUGAGCCCGAGUGAACAUGGUCUCCUGGAUCAGCGUGAGAC